AUGCGUAGAUUCAUAAGCCAUCAUUUCGAGGGAGACAAGCUGGGUCCGACUAUCACCGCGACACAGGCACCGUUGCCCAGAGUGCGGCCCAGGCAGGAGCUCAUGAUGGAGGGAGGUAUGCAGCUGCUGAACCGCGAUGGCCACAGCAUCUCUCACAACUCCAAACGUCACUAUCAUGACUCUUUUGUCUCCAUGAACCGCAUGAGACAGCGAGGUCUGCUCUGUGACAUUGUGCUCCAUGUGUCCAACAAAGAAAUCAAGGCUCACAAAGUUGUGCUGGCCUCAUGCAGCCCCUACUUCCAUGCCAUGUUUACAAAUGAGAUGUCAGAGAGCCGACAAACCCAUGUGACCCUUCACGACAUUGACCCUCAGGCACUGGAGCAGCUGGUGCAGUAUGCCUACACCGCAGAGAUUGUGGUCGGAGAAGGAAACGUGCAGACUUUACUCCCAGCUGCAAGCCUUCUUCAACUCAACGGGGUGCGGGAUGCAUGCUGUAAGUUCCUCCUCAGUCAGCUCGACCCCUCCAACUGUCUGGGCAUUCGGGGCUUCGCUGACACUCACUCCUGUAGCGACCUCCUCAAGUCUGCUCACAAGUACGUCCUGCAGCACUUUGUGGAGGUGUCCAAGACAGAGGAGUUCAUGCUGCUGCCACUCAAACAGGUUCUAGAUUUGAUCUCCAGUGAUAAUCUCAACGUGCCAUCUGAAGAAGAAGUUUAUCGUUCAGUGCUCAGUUGGGUGAAACACGACGUAGAUGGUCGGCGGCAGCAUGUUCCUUGGCUAAUGAAGUGCGUGCGACUGCCUCUACUCAGGCGAGAUUUCCUCAUGAGUAACGUAGACACUGAACUGUUGGUGCGUCAUCAUUCUGAGUGCAAAGACCUGCUCAUCGAGGCUCUCAAGUACCACCUGAUGCCCGAGCAGAGGGGCGUCCUGAGCAACAGUCGCACACGGCCGCGGCGCUGUGAGGGGGCCAGCCCAGUUCUCUUUGCUGUUGGUGGAGGCAGCCUGUUUGCUAUCCAUGGAGACUGUGAGGCUUAUGACACCCGGACGGACCGCUGGCACAUGGUGGCAUCUAUGUCCACUCGGCGGGCACGAGUGGGCGUGGCAGCUAUUGGAAACAGACUGUAUGCAGUGGGGGGGUAUGACGGAACAUCUGACCUGGCAACUGUUGAGUCUUACGAUCCCAUCACAAACACCUGGCAACCAGAAGUUUCUAUGGGAACUCGGCGAAGCUGUUUGGGUGUGGCAGUGCUUCACGGCCUACUGUAUGCUGCUGGAGGUUAUGAUGGAGCUUCCUGUCUAAAUAGUGCAGAGCGGUACGACCCUUUGACUAGCACUUGGACCUCCAUCGCUGCCAUGAGUACCCGAAGGAGAUAUGUGCGGGUCGCUACUCUGGAAAGCAGCUUGUAUGCUGUGGGAGGUUAUGACAGCUCUUCACAUCUGGCAACAGUGGAGAAAUAUGACCCACAGAGUAACACAUGGUCAGCCAUUGCCAACAUGCUAAGCCGGCGCAGUAGUGCAGGCGUGGCAGUGCUGGAUGGGAUGCUGUAUGUGGCAGGAGGCAAUGACGGAACCAGUUGUCUGAACUCGGUUGAGAGAUUCAACCCCAAAACCAACACCUGGGAAGCAGUGGCCCCCAUGAACAUCCGCAGGAGCACCCAUGACCUUGUUGCUAUGGAUGGCUGGUUAUACGCAGUGGGAGGCAAUGACGGCAGUUCCAGUCUCAACUCCAUAGAGAAAUACAACCCGCGUAGUAAUAAAUGGGUGGCUGCUUCCUGCAUGUUCACACGCCGCAGCAGUGUUGGUGUCGCUGUACUGGAGCUGCUCAACUUCCCUCCACCGUCAUCACCCACACUCUCAGUCUCCUCCACCAGCCUUUGA